AUUCUGGACAACCAGGAAGUCCAAGCCACAGUGAUCCUGCCAAGAAUCCACCAGUGUACCUUGAGGACAGUUUUGUAAAAUCUGGAGUUUUCAACGUGUCAGAGCUUGUGAGGGUGUCCAGAACACCAAUAACCCAGGGAACUGGAGUGAACUUCCCAAUUGGAGAGCUUCCAAGCCAGCCAUAUUACCAUGAUAUGAAUUCCGGUGUAAAUCUACAGAGGUCCUUGUCAUCUCCACCAAGCAGCAAAAGACCCAAAACUAUCUCCAUAGAUGAAAAUAUGGAGCCAAGCCCAACAGGAGACUUUUAUCCUUCUCCAAAUUCACCAGCUGCAGAGAGUCGGACAUGGCAUGAAAGAGAUCAAG